AUGGAGAGCCAAAGACAGCAACUGAUCGCAUAUGGGAACAUCGCCAACAACCUCUACAACAAUCACCACAACAAUUUUAGAAAUCCAAACAUCAGUAACAUUACCACCACCAACAACAACAACAGUAACACUUCCAACAACAACAACAUGAAAGUUAACAGGAGGUAUACAACAACCAGUAGUAGCCACAACGACAACACUAUCCACAGUCGCAACUACAUCAGCAUGUCCGCUGCUGAAUUCAGAAAGUCGAUUGCAUCAUCAUCAUCGUCGUCGUCAUCAGCGAUGACGUCAUCGUCGUCGGUAGCAACAGUGAUGAUGUCAUCAUCAUCACCGCUAGACGUGCCAAUGGAAGAUGAUGAUGAAGAUACAACGGAGGAGAAUCACAUCAUUAUUGACAAUCAAUCGAAGUUAGAGAAGGCAGAUAUCCUGGAACUUACUGUUAAAACGUUAAGACAACUCAUGAGAAAUUCAGAAAUGAACAAAAUUCAAAAAAGCAGUUGUUUAAAAAAAGACUACGACCUCAACAACUGCAACAACAACAUCAACAACAACAGCAACAACAACAAUAAUAACAACAAUAACAACAACACAAAUGAUGAAUUCAAAAAUGGCUAUAUGGCAUGCAUGACAGAAGUUCAGAACGCUCUAAGAGGCUUGCAACAAAUCAACACACCCACCAAAACAACAAUUCUCACGUCGCUAAGCAACAACAUCAAACACAACAACAACAUUAACAUCAACAACAAUAACAUCAACAAUAAUAACAACGCAGGCUACGACAAUGAUAACAUCAACUCAAACAACAACAACGACAACAUUUACACCAACAAUAUUAACACCGUAAACAACAACAAUUACAACAACGACAAUAUCAAUGACAACAACAACAAAAACAACAUCAACUUGAAGAGUAGCAAUCAGGAAAAUUUACAACCAGAGAGCAGAGUACACAGAUCGACGCGUAAACAUUGCCGAAAAUUAUUCUCCAACAAAACAUCAACACCCUACAGUAAAAAACACUCAACAAACAAUUACAACAACAAUAAUAGCAAUAAUAAUAAAAUGACGUCAUCCUCAUCAACAACGUAUCAGCAACAUAACAACGGCCUAGUAAACAAACGCAUGCCUCUGUCGACUAUUUAUCUGAACAGUGCAAACGUUGGAGCUGACGGAAGUAACACCAACAACAGAGUCAUCAUCAAAAGCAACGACAUUAACAACUAUGACGUCAACAAUGAUGUCAUCAACAACAACAACAACAACAAUAGCAAUGUAUGGAGGCCCUGGUGA